AUGGUCAAUUCUAGAUCAUUCUGUGGUUCUCCUCCUUCAGUGAAAUUGAAACUUGCACUAAAAGCAAUAGAGUAUUGGGAAGAAACAUUGACAGUCAAGAAACCUGGAGAUGGAAAACAAUUAGCAAAUAGGUAUUGUGAAAGCGAUCAAUACUACACACUUUCUGAAAAUAAAUCCAUAUUUUGUUAUCAGUCGAGUUGUAAAAGUGUUGUUAUGUGCGGAGGAGUGAAAAUUCCAGAUGAGUAUAUACGGGAAUGUUACGAAGUAAAAAAUAAUCUGUUACACAGAACUUACAUAAAUGGAAGUGGAAUACCAGCUGCCGGUUAUAUCCUAUUUGUUGAUUCUAUAAAUACACCUAUCUGUUAUGGUAGUACAGCAGCAUAUGCAUCAUCAUGUUUAAUGGAUGGAGAAACAGAUAGGCCAAUUCUUGGAUUUGUAAAUGUGUGCCCAGGAAAAAUGAAAGUUGAUUAUCCUGAAGAUAGAAAUUCACUUGGGGUUUUCUUACAUGAAAUCGGUCAUGCACUUGGAUUUGCAUCACACAAUUUCCCUUUUAUGCGCUAUCCAGAUGGGACACCUCGAACUCCUAGAGACGAUAAAGGUAAACCAAAGUACAGAGAUGAAUAUGGGAAUUAUAUUCCGAGUAACGAAACUAUCAAAAAGAUUACAAGAGCAUGGAGAAGUACGGAAGGAUUGUUUACAAAAGACUUUUAUUCUUUCGUUACUCCUAGUAUCCUGACCGCUGCUAGAACACAUUUCAAUUGUAGCCAGUUAGAUGGAGCAGAUUUGGAAAAUCGAUACCAAACUGGACCGAUAGAAUCGCAUUGGGAGGGAAGAGCAUAUUCAGGCGAAGUAAUGGCUUCAAGAGUAUCAGUUGAUUCUUCUGUAUCGCUUGUCACUCUUGGCUUCUUUGAAGAUUCGGGUUGGUACACUGUCAAUAAGUCAAAAGCAAUGAGAUGGGAAUAUGGUAGAAAAUUAGGAUGUGACUUUUGCAUGAAAAGUUGCUUCGACUAUGCUGAAAUACAGCGACAAUACGGCAGGAAAUUUACCCCAUUCUGUGACACUGUUAAUGAGGCAAGAUGCCGAGAUGCAUUCUCAUAUGGAGUAUGUAGUAUUUUUAGAUAUGAAAUUCCAGUUCCUAUAAAAGAUCGGUUCUUCCUAAAAGCCCCAUUUGAUACUCAAUAUGGUCCUGAAUAUUUCGGUGGAGAAGAUCCGUUUAGCGACUAUUGUCCAACAAUGGCAUAUGUUAAAGGUUUGGGAUGCGAAUAUUCAGCUACAUCAUUCUGUACACAUGAGGAGAAUGAGAAAUUAUCAAGUAAAGGCGUUAACCGAUACUAUCAAACAUAUGGACCAGAAGGGAUUUGUGUUGAACAUCGAAGUGUUUGGACUUACACCGAAAAACAUACAUACACUUUAGAAACAUUCUUGAAAGGAAGUUGUCAUAAGUACACGUGUUAUAAAGAUGGAACGCUUGGUUUAUACUUUAAAAAUUCAACUGUAAAUUGUACCAGGAAAGAUCAGCUAGUACAUUUUAAUGUAACCGAUGGAACAUCGAGACUUACUGGGGAAAUCUUAUGUCCUAAUAUUAACAGGUUUUGCAAGGGAAAGACCUAA